CUUAGUGCACUUCCGUUUUCCUCCACCCAAGAUUGUCCUCUCCCUUCUAACCCCUCCUCUGCUAGGACCCUAGUCUCUCUUCCCUGCCGCAAUGCAGUUCUCUCGUCCUCCCCCACUCAGCCUCAUCCUCUGUCUUCUGUACUUUGUACUUCGCUCCAUCUCUCUCUAGUUUUUCCACUCCAUCCUGGCCGUAUAUUGGACGCCUUCACUCCUCUUCUUUCUGCAAGGUCCUUCCAGCACUUUUGUUUUUUCUACAAUUUGGUCCCACCUUCUCUCCAUUCCUAUUUUAUUUUUUAUCUUCUUUCUCAAUUGUUUCUCCAAAGUUAGGCUUUAAAUACUUGCCCAUCUUCCUCUCAAACUAUCCUUCUCUGCUUCUUAGGAGAUAAUUCCAUUACAGUUCCUUCGAUCACAGUUGAUUAGUUGGUAAUUUUUUCUUCCUUCAGCCCUAUACUUUACACUCUAACAAUUUUUUUAGAGAUUCCUGUUUAGAUUUUGUUUUGCUCCUUCCCUACCAAAACAGCAUUUCAUAGAAGCCAGACACUGGGCUACAGGAACGGCUAUGCGAUUGCUCGACGUCCAACAGUUGGGAUAGGCGGGGACCGACUCCCAGUCAACCAGCUGUCCCAGGCUGACCUGGAUGAGUUGGCCAGUGCUGAAAUUUGAUGCCUAUUUCCAAGAAGAUGUUCCUAUGUCAACUGAGGAACAUUAUAGAAUCCGGCAAGUGAAUAUUUACUACUACCUAGAAGAUGACAGCAUGUCUGUCAUAGAGCCCGUUGUGGAAAACUCUGGGAUCCCUCAAGGCAAGUUGAUCAAACGCCAACGGCUAGCCAAGAAUGACCAGGGAGACCAUUACCAUUGGAAAGACUUAAAUCGAGGAAUAAACAUCACAAUUUAUGGCAAAACUUUCCGCAUUGUUGAAUGUGACCGAUUCACACAGGAAUUUUUGGAAAGUCAAGGAAUUGAAUUAAAUCCACCUGAGAAGAUGGCUCUCGACCCUUACACUGAACUGCGGAAACAGCCUCUUCGUAAGUAUGUCACCCCAUCGGACUUUGAUCAACUCAAGCAGUUUCUCACCUUUGACAAACAAGUUCUACGAUUCUAUGCAAUCUGGGAUGAUACAGACAGCAUGUUUGGUGAAUGUCGGAACUACAUCAUUCAUUACUAUCUUAUGGAUGAUACAGUAGACAUUCGAGAGGUCCAUGAACGGAAUGAUGGGCGAGAUCCCUUCCCACUCUUGAUGAACCGCCAGCGCAUGCCCAAGGUUUUGGUGGAGAAUGCAAAGGACUUCCCUCAGUGUGUGCUAGAAAUUUCUGAUCAAGAGGUGUUAGAAUGGUACACCGCCAAAGACUUCAUCGUUGGGAAACCACUCACCAUCCUUGGGAGAACUUUCUUCAUUUAUGAUUGUGAUCCAUUUACUCGACAGUAUUACAAAGAAAAGUUUGGAAUCUCCGAUUUACCACGUGUUGAUGUGAGCAAGAAGGAACCACCUCCUAUAAAACAGGAAUUACCUCCCUAUAAUGGUUAUGGACUAGUUGAAGACUCUGCUCAGAAUUGCUUUGCUCUUGUUCCAAAAGCUCCGAAAAAAGAUGUUAUGAAAAUGCUAAUGAAUGAUAACAAGGUGCUUCGUUAUUUGGCUGCACUGGAAUCCCCCAUCCCAGAAGACAAAGACCGCAGAUUUGUCUUCUCUUAUUUUCUAGCCACUGAUAUGAUCAGUAUCUUUGAGCCUCCUGUUCGUAAUUCCGGUAUCAUUGGGGGCAAGUACCUGGGCAAAACUAAAGUUGUCAAACCACACUCUUCCGUGGAAAACCCCAUUUACUAUGGGCCUAGUGACUUCUUCAUUGGUGCUGUGAUUGAAGUGUUUGGCCACCGGUUCAUCAUCCUUGAUACAGAUGACUAUGUCUUGAAAUAUAUGGAGAGCAAUGCUUCCCAAUAUUCACCAGAAGCACUCUUGUCAAUUCAGAAACAUAUUCAAAAGCGAGGAGCUCCUACAGCAGAAUUGGAAAACAAGCACAUUGACGUGGAUCCAGGUGUGCAAGAACUGGAAGCGUUAAUAGACACAAUCCAGAAGCAACUGAAAGAUCAUCCGUGGAAAGAAAACAUGCUUGAGGCAUUUCAAACUUGUGACAAGGAAGCUUCGGGAUAUGUGGACAAAGAGAUGUUCUUUAAAAUCUGUGACUCUCUUAAUGUCCCAAUUGAUGAUUCCUUGAUUAAGGAGUUAAUCAGGUUGUGCUCUCAUGGAGAAGAUAGGAUUAACUACUACAACUUUGUUCGUGCUUUCUCAGACUGACCUGGCUGAUGAUGAGAGAAUACAGUUUUCUGAGGUCAAUAUCUCAAGAAGAAUCCAUGCUUUGAUUUGUUUUCUCCAGUCACUCAUAGCUAUUAAAAAAACCUAACUUUCAAAUAUUUAAAAGUCCAUUUUGGUCUAAAAUAAAAACAUAGAGCUCUA